AGCAACACCGCUGUUCUCAGUUUCCUAUCAGGCACCGUGUCAUCGCAGACUGUCCAUCUGAAACAGGUAUAUAAUUUCUUCCACAUCUCUAAACAUCGAAUAAUGGCGAACCUGGGACUUAUGUGUGUGGUGGCGCUGGCGCUGACAGUGGUCGUCCUGCUGGUGAAGAACAGCAAUCUGCAAGGAGAGCUCUCGCAAAACUCUAUUCAGCAUGAUAUCACUAAGAAGGAUCUGCAGAAUGAACUGAACAAGGAGGUCGAGCGCUACCAGACUCUCAGAAGUGAACUCACUAACAGUUAUAAGAAACUCUCCGAAACAGAAGCUAAGCUGAAGGAAUCUGACGCUGAAGUCAGUAAAACUUUCGCAACGUUAACGGACACAAACAGUUUGGUCAUGUCCCUAAAGAACGAAGUUCAGGAGAAGACUAAUGACGCGGCACAGCUGAAGGACGAAAACGAGGCCUUACGCCUCAGAAUCGACGAGAUGAAGAAUGAGGUCCUGAAAGUAGAGGAGGAGCUGCAGAAACUCGGCGAAGAGAUCUUGCAGCUAAAGACCUCGCAGACAGAAAAUCUACAGAAGCUACAAGAAGCUGAGACUAGAAAUAGUGAACUGCAGAAGGAGAGCGAUACACUCUCUGAAACUCUAAAAAAGAACGAAGAACUGAGUGCUGAAAAUAUUCACCUGAAGCACAUCAUAGAAACUAUGUAUAAACUUCAAGCAAAGGAAGUCGAUGAACCAAAGGACAAGCAGGAAGAUCAAGAGGAAAAGACUCAAGAGAAGCAGGGAGAUAGAAAAGAAAAAAAGCAAGAGGAUGAAAAGGAAGAAAAGCAAGGAGACCAGAAAGAGAAAGCAGAAGUUCCCCAAGUGGAAAAUGCUUCUCCCGCCGACGCCGCGGCGGAAGGUGACGGGCAAAUGACGGACGUAAUCUACGACAUGUUAGGCAAUGACGAAAAUCAAGCCAAAGAAGAAGACGAAGAGGAUGGUGAGACCAACGGCGAUAAUGAAAGUCCUGUUGGCGAGGAAGAGGAAGGGGCGGACACAGGCAACCAAGAGGAAAGACUUGAAAUAGCUGAUCCUGCGGAGGGCAGCCACACAGCUGCGGCGGACACAAUGGAGCCAAAGCUAACUGAGUCAAAUUCUUUCGCAUCGCCGGCAGCGGAUAUGGACUCUAGCACCCCGCUGUAGUACAACUGAAGAACCCAUGUUUUAUGUGAUUACAAAAAAGAAAAAAGAAAAAAAAGAAAGAAACUGCUGAUCAAAGGCUUUGGAAGUGCGAGUGUUUAGAAUAUAUCAAUGAAGUAUUCAGACCAUAUACGAAAGGCAUCGAUUUAAACUGUGAAACACUGUCCAGAAAGAAAAAUGCUAAUCAAUACAUUCCACAUUUUAGCUCCAUAUAUCCCAGAUAUCAAGAGGCAUGGUACCUACUACGCCAAAUUUGAUCAUGUUUUGAUACUUUUAUAUAUAGUUACAAAGACUAUUGAGCAUAAGGUCGUUUAACAAACGUUAAUAGAUUAUAAGCUUAUUUAUUGUAGAGUGUUAAUUUUGUGCUAUUCUGUUUCUCACAAAUUUGUUAAGUUUGAAUAAAUUGUGGUUUCGAA